AUUUUAUUAUGACAUUGCCUUAUAGAUUAAUUUCUUAAUUUGGAAUUUCUCCGAGAAACUGGCCCAAGAUUAUGAAUAAAGAUUAAAGAAUUAUUGUACCCUUUAUUAUCACCAAGUUGGCACUAUUAUCCGGCAACAGAUUACUGUGGAGCUCAACAUUGAUUGUAAGUUUGUCUCUCUCAUCAUUAUUACUCUUUUUGGGGGUGUUAAAUAAAUUUGCAAUCUUUUGGUCAUUUUUGUUGGCCAUGGCUUAUGUUGGAAACUACUAUUGGUGGCUCAUUAUAGACCUUUUUUUGACAUAAUUUUAUGGGGUUUUAGUUUUUUUGCUUGAAUUUCUAUAUGUGAUGUAAGGUUAGAUGAUUGGUUUUUGCUACUUAUUAUUCCUUCUAUUCCUUUUGUUUGUCCUAUUUGGAAUCUUCAAAGGGAAAAUUUAACUAUUAAGAAUUUUUUAUAAAUAUUCGGAAAAAAAAAUAAAAAUUCACCUGGGAUCUUGUUAGAUUCAUCAUGACGUGUACUUUCUAGAUUUCGACUUUUUAUAAUGCUUAUUUGAAGAUAUAGAUAUUUAGUUAUGUGCAUGGGAAAUUGUGUGCAAAGGAAAAUGAGACAAACAUAAAGCAGGAGUGUGCUGAUUUGUGUUUUUAUUUUACUUUAUUUAUUACUCUUUCCGUUCUUUUUAGUUCUACUCACUUUUAAUUUAGUCUGUUCUUUUUUGUUCAAUUCACUUUGCUAUAUUCUAUUUUUGGCGUAACUCCUUUACCAUCUUACCAUUUCAAGCCCACAAUCAUUACACCUUUCCACACACUCUAACUUAUUUUAUUUUAUUCACAAUUUUGUUACACAUAUACACAUUUUUUACAUUCUCUUUAACAUUAUCCUACUUUUCUUACACCCACUCAAAUUAUUCAAUAUUUUCUAAAAUUGCAUAUCCACUAGAACAUAAAUGAACGGGAAUAUUAUUAUUUUUGAGGAUUUUGAAGAAUAUAUGAAUUAGAGAAGAAACUAGUUUUUGCAUGGUUUAAUGGUUAAGGCUUUAACACAUCCACUUGAGGUCACAUGAUCAAAUAUAAUGUAUAGCAUAUCUUCAUUGUUUUAAUUGUAUGUUGAUGACGUGGAAUGCAACAUAAAUUGUAUUGGGAGAGCGCCACGUGUCACAUAAACUUUUGUUGGAAUGCUUUUUAAUAUAUUAUUAUAGAUUAAAGAUUAUAGGUACAAUAGCUUUUCAUGAUAUUACUACAUUUAAGAAAAAAUAAAUUGUAUUGAACAAUGUUAUUUGACCUGUUUAAUAAUUUGAUCGGUGUAAUGGAUGUGAAUAUGACUAAAAGUGCUCCUUUUUUCAUUGUUUGCUCAAGAUUUCUGUUUAAGUUAGAAUAAUUGUUGUGACUUAGACUUUGUUUUUUGCAUUAUGAAUUUAUUAUUUCUCCAUAUAUAAAAAUUCUUUAGUAGUUCAAGAUUAAGGUUGGUACAAAUUUUUUUCUUUCACUCUCUUCUUAAUUUGGUGUUUUGUGCUAUAGAGAGUGAGUAUAACAGCCAAUAAUAUCAAGCUUUAUUGGAUUUACUAAGCCAGGAAGCUAGACAUUAGUAAGUUGUGAGACAAUCUCUUACUUGGAUGUGGAAGGUUGUGACUUUGUGGGGGAUGAUGUUCCUAAUAGGGAAAUGCCAUUGUAUUGUCAGACGGUGUAUAAUGCACACAUGAGGGAAGCCCUGGCUUGCAACCUGGUGGAGGCUCUAAUAUUAAUGCUAGAUUAUGUACUUCUGUUUAAAUCGGUGUGUGCUAUACGAAGUGUAUGGUUGUAGACUGGUUCUUAAGUAUGGAGCCACUGUGGAGUAAUUUGCAAAACCAUUGGCUGAAGCUGCCUUGUCUAAAUUUUCCAGUUAACACUGCAGCUGGUCAAUUAUUUUUACACUUCAAAGAAUAUAUUAUUGGAAUAAGUUUGGCUUACUCAAAAGACACCAUGAAUUUCCUUAAAAAAAAAAAAAAAAAAAAAAAAAACAAAAGACACCAUGAAUUUCAUCUGUCAUCUUUUAAGCUUCUAUAGUUUUGAAGCGUUAUUUUUUUGAGUGAGAUUUUCACAGUCAUGUUUUAUACGUGAUAACAUUGUCUUAAGUGUCCGAUGCUGUUAACCAUUGAUGUGCAAUGUUUUAAGUGUGCAGUUUUGGUAAAAAUCAAUGUUUCAAGGAUAUUUGGAUGGAUACUUCUUUACUUGUCCAGAAGUUAAAGGAUGAGAGUUGCACUUGUUCAGUUAUUGGAAUGUGAGCAAGACCAUGGCUGGCAUGAGUCGUGUAUCGAGUUCGGGAGAACAGGAUCCCUCUGAUUUGAAUGCAGAUAGGAUAAGUAGUCUUCCAUGGAAUGUCCUAGACAUUAUUCUUGGGAAGCUAUCAAUAACUGAAGCUGUCAGGACUAGUGUUUUGGCAAAGGACUGGCGAUAUAAUUGGCUUACCAUGUCCAAGUUUUCCCUAAGUUCUGAAGAGAUUGGUGAAGUACUUAAUUCUAGGGAUCCUAGGUGGGAUUUAUUAUCUAGUAUAGUUAGCAACUUCCUACUUCAUCACACCACCACUUCAAUUAAGACAUUCAUCCUGCAAUCAUUUUUUUGCUCACAUUUUUCUGAUUUGAGCAAUUGGAUUGAAUUUCUCUCGAAAAAGGGUGUUGAAGAAUUAGAACUUAUAGAGUUUGGGGACCAAUACUUAAAAAUGCCCACACAUCUAUUCUCCUUUGAGAAGCUGAAGGUUUUGGUCAUCGAAUCAUUUUCUUUACAGAUUCCAUCUUCUUUUAGAAGUUUUAAAUUCCUGGAAGAACUUUCUCUCAACGAAGUUUCAAUCAGUAGCGGUGACUUAUAUCGAUUGAUUCUAGCGUGUCCUCUCCUGCUGAAUCUGACACUGGUGACCAUUUCUGGAAUUCAGAAUUUUAGAAUUCACUCACCCAGGCUGACUAUGUUAGAAGUAGAUACCGGAUUUGUGGGUAUUGAUGUUGAAUUUGCUCCAUGUUUGUCUACAGUUAGUAUUAUAAAUGAUUACAGAUCAUUCACACCACCAAGGGUGAUUCUCAACUGGCGCAGUGUUUCUCGUUCAUUAUCUGGUUUGAUUUCUCUUCAAAGUUUGGCUUUAUCAGAAAUAAUUUUUAAGCUUUUGGUUGCUGAAUGUGCACUUAAAGACUUUCCUUUGAGGAACAAUACUCUGAAGUUUCUUACCCUUCGGGAAGUUACAUCAGCCAAAGGUCCAAAGCUUAUCACAUCAUUCUUAAAAGAAAAACCCAGGGCAGUACUCUUUUUUGGAGCUCGAAACACUGAAUGUGAACUAUCUUCCUGGCACUGGCAUGGGAUGUUCUGUGAAGUUCAUCGAAUUUCUUGUCACUCACUCCCCAAACCUUAAGUUGUUAAGCAUUGAAACGGAAGGAGCAUGUGAGUUAAAUAUCAUUCGGGUUAACAAGAUGCUCACACAGUUCAGGAAAUUGUGUCCUCUUGCUUCAGUUCUGUAUACCUUUGAUGACCAAGAAACUAAUUUGUGAUCUCCAUCAAACAAGUUUACAGAAAAAAGUUUGUCCCAAUCUUAUCAGCCAUCGCUUUUGCAAGCUAUUUGGUAGUCAGUGAAACUUUUUUUUUUUCAAUAAAUACAAUCUUGAUGAACUUCUAGACAAUAGUUAAUUACUUGAAGUGCUUAUGUUACUGUGUUUUAAUGUAAACUUUUUCUUGAUGGAAGACAGUGUCAUGUUAUUGUUGUGUUAUUAUGCAUUACCUUUUGACUGAA